UGUAUGAGUCAUGGAUAUAAAUCGCAAGAAGCCCUCUUAUCUACAGCUAAUAUUUAUUACCAAAAACCACUAUCUGAGAGGACCGGUCUAGGAGAACCAUCUGAGCUAACAUUAGAUAAAGUCGAGGAUUUGAUAUCAAAACAGAAUUUAAAAAUUAUUGUGCAUGGAUAUUUGGGAUCUCGAACUCAUAGUUCAAUAAAGCCUUUAGUAAAAAUUUAUUUGGCUCAAGGAGCUGCAAAUAUAUUCAUAGCAGACUGGCAGUACUUAGCAAACUUGGAUUAUCGUGAUUCUCGUCGUGUCGUGUCUAAAGUAUCUAUGCAUUUUGCAGAGGCUUUAUAUGAAUUUUUUAAUAAACACGAAAUUGACUAUAAUGAAGUGCAUAUAAUUGGCCACAGUUUGGGUGCGCAUAUAGCAGGAAAUAUUGGAAGAUUUUUCAAUGGAAGUUUUGGUCGUGUUACUGGCUUAGAUCCCGCAUUACCGCUUUUUACACCUUUUUCUUUGGAUGGUUUGAGAUCAACUGAUGCACAAUUUGUUGAUGUGAUUCAUACUGAUUUUCCUGUAUAUGGGGAUUUAACACCUCGUGGGACAGUAGAUUUUUAUCCCAAUUUUGGUUAUACACAACAGAAGGGUUGUAACGAUAUGGAUUUAUUAACCACCAGUAAAAUUCUAUUGGAAGCAUUUGGUUGUAGUCAUAGUCGUGCUGUUGUUUUAUAUGCCGAAUCUAUAGAAAUGCCUAAGAAUUUUCCUGCACUUCCUUGCCCUCUCAGUAGCAUACAACUUCGUAAUCUAUACCUUUGCUUAGUGAGGGUGUCACUAAACGACAAGAAUUUGUCAAAUUUAGGUAAUGCUAUUAGUGAAAUGGAUGAAACUCAAGUUGUUUAUAUGGGAGAAGAAGUUUCAAGAAGCGCUACUGGUUAUUAUUAUCUCGAAACUAAUGAUGCACCCCCUUAUGGUAUGGGCGCAUAUACAAAAUUUUCUAAAGACUCACAAGAUGCUUGGUUCAUGCCGCCACUAAUUAAUUUUGGUUUCAAUAGUAACAAAUCAAUUGAAAUGCUGCCAAGACUUCCCAAUAUAGUUAAUACAUGA